ACUCUACGUUGGCAGGCUAUCUGGACUAAACAAACACAAACCUUCUGCCUCUAAAAUUCAAAUUUCUCUACAUGAUAAAGUAAUAUUUUUUUUCUUUAUUUUCUCUCUCCUUCUCCAAUUACACUUUAUGGGACAGAGCAUCAAUGAAGCCACCGGAAAGAUGACGCAACUUUGCCGGAAAAUUGUUCGUGUUAACAUCAAAUGGCCGGAAAUUCUUGAUCGAGUCACCGUCAUCCGCCGGUUCUUCCGGUUUAUUUGGAACAGGAUUCUUGUUUGUUCUUGUGGUAAUACUAACUUUAAAUCACCGGCUACGGCUCAGUACCACCGUCUCAACUACCCCAAUUCGCCGGAAACAGUCGAGGAGUUUGAGGUGACUGGUUUACGAAGUGGGUAUGAGAGUGAUUCUAAUUUGGUUAAUCUCAAGAUUAGUUUGUUGGGUGAUUGCCAAAUUGGCAAAACUAGCUUUGUUAUUAAAUAUGUAGGAGAUGAACAACAGAGGAGAAGUUUGCAGAUGAAAGGGUUGAAUUUGAUGGAUAAAACAUUAGUUGUUAAAGGAGCUCGCAUUGCUUUUAGCAUUUGGGAUGUUGCAGGUGAUCAUGAUUCCCUAGAUCAUGUACCAAUAGCUUGUAAAGAUGCAGUUGCAAUCUUGUUCAUGUUUGAUCUUACUAGCAGAUGUACUUUGAAUAGUGUGAUUGGAUGGUAUAAUCAAGCAAGAAAGUGGAAUCAGACAGCAAUUCCAAUACUGAUAGGCACCAAGUUUGAUGAUUUUGUUAGGCUUCCUCCAGAUUUGCAGUGGACUAUUGCGACUCAGGCGAGAGCAUAUGCAAAGGCAAUGGACGCAACACUUUUCUUCUCAAGUGCAACUCAUAACAUAAACGUGAACAAGAUAUUCAAGUUCAUCAUGGCCAAGCUCUUUAACUUGCCAUGGACUGUACAGAGGAAUCUCACUAUUGGAGAGCCAAUUAUUGAUUUUUAGGUGUAAUUCUUGUAUCUUCUUCCAAGUUCACUGCCCCGGUGCGGUUCGGGGGUCUUCCUGUACAUAGCUUCAACAUAGAAUCAUAGAUACAUGAACAAUGAGGACGAGGUAAAAGAAAGCCACAAAAAAGGGGAUAAAAAGAGUCACGUAAAUGAGUAUUUUUAAUGUUUUGAUCUACAAAUUGCAUGUAAAUGUAUAUAUCAUCAAUUUAAUUUCCCCCGUCAAUUUCUCUAAUCAAGCAAGAUUGAACCA